AUGAAGGCAUCCUCGACAUUUCGCGCUUCCGGCCACGCCAAAGCCACUCUUCUCCAGCACAGAGUCAGCCGUGGCAUAUCCAAGCCUGUCCGCAGCCCCCCUCCACCAAAAAACCCCUCCCACGCUCCUACCAAGAAGCCCAAUGAUUUCAACCCGCUUUCCACGCGCACUCGUCUAUCGAAAUCCCCCAUUCCCGCAUUCAAGUCGGGUUCGCGCCUCGCUCCACGGGCCAAGGCAUUCACACUCUCUCUUCCACGUCUUCUCCAUUUCCUCGACUCACCGGAGCUCAAGGAAGAAUCAGAGGAACCUCCACAAGCCGCAUAUCAUUCCGGAGGAUGUCAACAGGCUACUGUUGGGGCACAAGAGCCUCAACAUCCUACUGCGUGCGCAAGAUCGCAGGACCCAUUCAGGCCUGCUGAAGUAUACCGUGCCCCGGGACUCAGGGGUGGAGACUCGGUCUGGGCUUGUCCCUGUUUCCGACCCCAACAGAGGAGCGACUCAUGGGGAGCAACACACCACUUGAGACGGCAAGACGCCAUAAGAGAAGGACGGUCCUUCCAAUUGCCACCUAUGGUAGCCCCCGAGCUGCCACCCUUACCAGAGGACGAAAGAUGCGCCUAUUGCAGGGGGUGGGCGACACCAAUGGAUCUCGACGAUCCUCUGGAGAUGCAACAACCACGCGCCGUGGUCGAGUACGACGACUUGAUGGAUGUCGAUUAA